ACGAAGCGAAAGGAAAAUGGCGGAGUUAGCGGAAAAAUGAGUCUUUUGUAUCUUAUGCAAAUAUUUGGCCAAGAGCGUCAAUCUAGAGCAAAUUUCACGGCUAAGAGAGUGACGCAAAACUUAUAUUGACGUGAUCCGCUUUUUUUUUUUAAAUUCUGCGUAGCUUUGAAGUGUCUUUUUGCCCAAACUGGUUAGUGUACGAACCCUACCUUAUACGCGCGAAUCUUUUCCCGAUCACAGGCGGACAACAUUUUAUUUUCAUCGCUCCGAUUGCACGAUCGUGCGAAGAUACUGUUGGAUAAAACUUACUUUUACUUACAUUUGAAGAGCUUAAUCAGCGACAUGUUAAUCGUCAUGUCAAUUGUGUUUUUGUUUGCGCUCGACGUUGUAGACACACGACCCCAUUAAUUACAAAUGCAUUUACUCACUGAGGUACUCUGCGAACAGGCUCAGCUGAUAAAAUGUCGGUAGCAUUUGAUGGUUACGGUUUAUCCAUAACUUCUGAAGUCUUCCCUCCGUCUUUGACUCAAAUUGAAGGAGGUGAUUUGUUAAAUUUGACCUUUCACUUGAAUUAUAAUGGAACAAAGAUUGGUGCAUUAUACGAGAACUCGUCUACUUGUCAUGAGCUGAAAAACAGCUCAUUGUUCGUGAAUCUGGUUAUUACUUUGCCAAUUGUGUUUGACAUUGUAAGCCACUCAAAUCAAAGCAGUCAAACCGGGAUUGUCACUUCAAACAUAUCAAACUGUUCGUUUGUGCCAUUGUUAAAGAUAAACUCCAGCUCUUCAGUUGUUUCUAACCACAUGCCAGGAAUCAAGGCUCUAAAUUUUCACAUCUUCUCACAAAAUUUUAGUUGGACAGCAACCCUGAAUGUCAGACUUAAAUUGCUUCCUUCAGCCAGAGCUGAUAGUUUAUUAAACAUAACUGCAAAUGUCACAAUUUCAAAUAAAACUAUGGAAGAUGACAUUAGCAUAGCAUCAUACAGAACUGCAGUUCCUGGUAAUCUGCAGUUUGAAUUGAAGAGCACAUCAAUUCCAGAGACACCUGGCCCUACUUUAACUUCAGAGGAGGAAAUAACGUUAUUUGCAAGCUUUCACAUUCCAAGGAUAACAGCAAAUGUAAAACUUCAGGUACUGCUGCCUGUCUUCAGAAACUCAACACCUAUGAAAUUUGUAAGUGGAUCAGUGGUUGAUUUAUCAGAAGGAGUGAAACCAAAGUUGCUAAUGGAAGGAUCAGGACCCAGAUUCAUUGUGAGUCCUUCAACAGCUCAUCUGUUUCCGCUGACUCAAAAUGUGGUUGAGUUUGCAUUUGGAGAUACAGUGAACAAAGGGAAUGAAUCAUUUAAUGGAACCAUAACAGUGGAAGUUACUGGUGCAGUGGACUCAUCCCGUGGUGUUUAUAUACCAGAAAGUUUUGGAAAUGUCACUUGCAUUCUUAUGUAUGAUUCACCAAGAGACUCCUAUUUAACAGCCAACAAAACUUUGAUUACUCUGAAGCUUGGGCAGCCACUACUUGAGUUUCAUUUGGAAGCAGAUAACUCUGAUUGUUGUUAUGAAGGUAAAGACAUGGUCGACAUCAAAUACGAAGUCAAGAAUCCUGACUUUUCAACUGCUCCUGCAUGGAAUUUGACUUUAAACAUUUCAGUGCUGUCAGCUGACAUAGAAUUGCACAAUUUUUCUGCCUUUUUGUGUGGGAAUACCUCAAUUUUCAACAUGACUUCUAAUCAAAGUGUUGCUGAGACCAAAUGCCGUGACCUAUAUGGAACAUAUAUGUUAACAAAAGCUAAUGCUGGACUUCAAGUGAAGCUAACAAGGUUGAAUGUAUCUUCAUGGGUGUAUGGUCAUCUACAUAAUUAUGUGAAUUCAUCAGUGGCAGCAGGAAGUUUCCAUGACAACAACUUAACUCUGGAAUACACUCGCAAAGGCUGGUUGCCAAUUGGAGAUGUUGACACAGAGACAAUAGGGAUCAAAAAUGUCGCAGCCCUGACUCCCUCUGUUCUUAGUAGUGAUGUGCCUGAUCCGAUAGGUGACCCAAAGGAUGUUACUAUUGGAGAAGAAAUAGUUUUGCAAGCAAUUGUUCAGAUCCCUGUGUCUACAAAUCCAGAUUUUUUCUUAAAACUCUUUGGGAGUGGUUUUGAAGCAGUAGAUGGGCAGAUCACCACAGUUGGCAGAAAUAUAAAAUCACUUGAACAACGGAUUGAUGCAGCUUACAAUCUCAAUGUCUCUGGAUCUACUGUAAGUAGCAAUUUAGGAACUGUUGUGAAUGUUGGAGACAAUGCCCAGUUGUCGGCAAGUACAAUUACCUAUACUGCAACCAUGAGGGUUGCUGAUGUUGUGCAGAACAUAAAUGGCAAAAGACUAGCAAUUGUAUCUGAUACAAUCGUCAAUGGACAACCCCAAGUUCCCAGUUCAUUGACAUUAAAGGUUGUCCUACCUGAUUUAUCUGUCACUGUCACUGUAAAUAAGAUAUCUGGCGUUGACCCAAAUGAUGAUCUUACAUUCACCGUCAAGCUGAGUCAUUCUAAACACUCAGCAUCACAUGCAUAUCGGGUGCUUCUGGAGAUUGCUGCAUCUGAUGAGUACUUUGAAAAUGUUCAAGAGGUUGGCUCUCCAGAUGUAGGAGUUUUGUCUGUGGUUGCUGGCAACAAUGCCCCAAGUGGAAAUCCAAGGUAUAAUAAUUCGAACACAAAAGUGAUUCUUUAUCAAGUUACCGAUGGCCUGCUCCUUGGUAAGAGCGUCUCCUUUCAGUACAAGGCUACAACUGUUGGUAACCUUCAGCCCAGCAUAUACAUCUCUUCCCCGGUCUUCCUCUCCUAUGCAACACUGCCGCCCAGUUUGUCACCUCGAGAAGGGAGAAAGUUUGAACAUAACUCUGAUCAGGCUUCUUUUCUCACUUUCCGCCCUCUUCCAUAUGUAACAGUUAGCUUCCAGGCUCCCGCCAAUGAUUCGUUUGAUGCCGGUGACAGAGUAGAAUAUGAACUGAUCCUAAACAACAUUGAUUCAACAAUAUCAGCGUAUUCACUGUCUGUAAUAGUAUCCUUUGAGACUGUCGACACCAACAGUCUCAACACAUCUUGCAGUGGAGGUACGCCUAAGUUUAACGCUACCACAAAGCAAUCAAGACUCUUCAUAACACCUCUGGCCCCCUCACAAAGCAUCCACUGCAAGUACGAGUCUCGACUCCAAGCUCGCGUCAGCCCAAAGCAGUUGAUCUCUCAGAUGGUUACCGUAGAGUACUACAACAAAGAUGUAGGAAACAACCCGCAGAAUGCGGCAAGCUAUAAUGAAAAGAGACAUGCUAACAUUACUACCAAGUCUAUCGAUACCUCGAUACUGUCCAGUAAGAAUGCGGAUAAGUUAGAGGCAGGUGAUCCAGUUAAUUUUACCGUUCAGUUACAACUCCCUGAGUGUGAGACCAACUUGAGUGUAGUAGUUGAUUUGCCCACAGUCCCAGAGAGCGUUAUUGAUCUGGCUCGUAAAAGGAGGAGUUUACAAGGAAUCGGAAUUGAGAGUGAAGAGGAUAACUUACGGUCUCGGCACAAGCGUUCAGCAGGUGUGGUCAACGCCCUAUCUCCUAUUCUAGGUGACAGUUUUGUGAAGUACGGAGAUGGCCUGACUUUAUCUCUGAUCCCAGUCAUAACACCUGCGAACCCUACGACUCUGACUAUACCCUUUGGUACUGUUCAGAAUCUUCCCGGCUCUGGAUCCAAUGAUACAAUCGAGAUCUUUCUAAAGUUUAACACCGCAAACAGACCACUCAUUCUUAGUGGACGACGCCUGUACUUGACAGUGAAGUUGAAUUUUGAUGCUGGAUCAGAUAGUGGGGUGAAACAGUUUGUUAUCGUUGGACCACUGGUGAAGCCACUACUGUCCAUUGUUAAAACUGUGGAGAUAGCAGAGAAGAACGUGGACUCGCCUCUUGUGUUAUUUAACAUUACCGUCAGUCACACCAACGCCUCUGUUUACGAUGCGACCAACCUAACUGUCCAGGAUUCCACACAAGGAAUGGAUUUUUAUGAUUCUGAUUCGUCGACUCAAGGCGCCUUUGUUACGUUUCCCAGAAAGAACAGCUUUGAAAUUCGUUUUACCCUUCGAAGUCUACGCGUUGGUGAGACAAGAUCCUUUAUCUAUGUGGCUCGAUUUAAAGUGGAUGAGAAGGAGCCGACCACGCUGCGUAUCCCUGCUACAGUGACAUGGAAGAGUGUACAGCUAAACAGCCUGACUUACAGAGUCUCAAGCGAUGCCAGCACGUCUUGUCUUCAAAGAGCUGACGUGGAUGAACCAGAGCGUCGUAAAGUGUUUGGUUAUUUUGCUCUUGGCGUUUUCCUUGGUUUGUUAUUCGGAGCUCUGAUUGCUGCCAUCUUGAUACUGGUGGUGAUAAAAUGUUGCGAUAAGGGCAAGAUGGCGCCGUAUUAUACGCGCUUUACUAACACAACCACCAUGACUGUUUUGACUGGAGGAUCUCAGUAUAUUUACCACGGCGGUGAAAUGCCAGACAACAAACCAGUGGAAACACACAAAGAAAUCAGUAUUGUUCAAACUGACGAGAGUAUCGUGCCUAUUCUAGCUCUGGACAAAGCUUCUCAGACAGAGAAAGAGUUCAACAGCCUUGAUGUACAAGCUACAGCGGCUCUGGAUGCUGACUUGGAGGCUCAACGACAAAACAUGUUUAUCAGAGCUCUCAAACUGCUGGCCAAGAAACUGCGGGUGAAAAGAGACAUAUCAACUGCACAAGAAAACAAGUUUGCGUUGGAAAUCAAGCAGGCAAUCGGUGCAGUGGCAUUCAAAAUGGCAGCAGAGUACAGGAGGAAAUCUGCUGAGCUCAGAAGGAGGCUGACAGCAGACGGAAAGAAUCGUUUAGAUGCCUUACAUCGGGAGCAAGCGAAAGAACGAGAGGAAACUGAAAACAAAAUCAAGGGACUUGUGAAUGAGCGAGAAAAGAGGAACAUCCUUGAACUUCUGAAACGGCGGCAAGAUGCCCAAGAAGAAGAGCUGAAACAGAAUCUAAAACUGGAGCAAGAUGUUGAGAUGGAGAAGCUCAGAAAGGAAAUUUCGAUAAGUAAACGUUUUGCGCUGAAAGAAUCUCAAAACCAACUGAUUCAGAAUUUAAUAAAGGAUGCAAAACUGAAUGAAGAACAAGCGAACGCCAUUAUGAAGAAUCACUUGGCCAACAUGGCCGCCAUAGACAAAGCUACAGACGAGGAGCGGGCCAGACGUGUCAUGGCGCUGGAAAUGAGGUUGGCAGAGCGAAGGGCGCUAGCAAAACAGAAGCAUGAAGAAGAGGAACGUAAAAAAGGAGAUCUAGGCAAGUUAGAACAAAAUCACGCCGAAGCACUGGAAAAUCUUGUCCGGUCAUCGAAUCUCAACUCAGAAGAUGCUGCGACUUACUUGGAACGAUUUAGAAAAGACUUGGAGGUCGUGGACAGCAAACUUGCAAAGGACAGAAAGCGCCAGGAACAGAAAUUACAUCAUAAACUGACGGCACUUAAGCAGAAAAGAAUUGAAGAAAAGUUGCGCGAGCAUCAGCGGGAAAUCAAGGAAUUUGAGGAACAACAGGAUGAGAAGUUUGAACAAGUAGAAAUUGAUACUGUGUCUUCCAUAACUGAGAAGCAGAAAAUUUUGCAAAAACAUCGACAAGAAAUUGAGGAAAUAGAGCAAACUUCAGACAGAGAGGCUGCAGAACAAAUCGAAGCCCUCAGAGAUCAACAGACACAUGAUGGGAACCAGAUGAUCAAAAACAAUACUCAAAAAAUGUAUCAGGAGUUGGUUAAUAAAGGUUUAUCUGAGUCUGAGAAGGAAGCAAUUUUGGAACGGCAUAUGGCGGACAUUGCGAUGCAGCAAGAGGCCAGAGAAGAAGAGCGAAAACGUCAAAGAGGAAUGCUGGAGAAAAGACUAGAAAAACAACGUGCUGCUUUAGAGAAGAAAAUGAAGGAAGAACAAGUGGAACAGGCCGAAAUCAGGAAACAAGAGGAUAAGAUCGUAGGGGAUUUGAUAAUCAAUCAAGUUGCAAUGUCUGAGGAGGAAAGAGAGAAAAUCAUUCAAGAACACGAGAAGAACCUGGCUGCACUUGAAAGCAGUCUGACCCUAAACAAGUUACGUCAACGGCAAAUGUUGGAGGACAAACUUGCCCAGCGGAGGAAGAGAAGAAUGGAGGAGUUGGAACAGAAACAAAUGCAUGAGACUAAGGAUCGGGAUUACAGCGACAAAAUCUUAGUGGAAGGCGAAGAUAUAGAGAUGAUCAAGAAACACGAGCAAGAGAAAAUGGCGGCGAUGAAGGAGGAUGAGUUGCAAAUCGAUGAUGAAAUGGAAGCGGUUAGGCAAGAAAUGCUCGCAGAAAGGUCUAAGAGGCUCGAGGAACAUCACGAAAAACUGGGUGCAAUCAUUGCCAACCUACAGAUUGAGAAAGCAAAACAGAUCUCAAAGAUAGCAAUGCAACAACAGGCUCUGGGCCAGCUUCAAGCAGGUUUAAUUGAUGAAUUAGAAUCCAAAGGAACCUUCCAGGAUCCUGAGACGCAGAAAAUUAUGGAAAAAUAUCAAAAGGAUACAAAAAAUCUUGAAGAUAAUUUGAAAGAACAAAAAGAAAGACAGGAAAAGGCACUGAAAGAACGCCUUCAGGAGAGGAUGAGGCAGAGAGAGGAAACUCUUGUCCAGAAACAGAAGGACGAGUUAACUCAGUACUUAAACGGUCUGAACGUGAACAACAUGGCCAUGAAGCUGCGAAAAGCUGCUUUGAAGGCGAGACACGAGAAGGAACGCAAUGAAAUGAAAAACAGACUACAGAAGGAGAUUGACCAAUCGAUUAAUGAAUUAAAGAUGACAUUUGACAUAAAGAGAAUGCAGGCAAUUGAGGAACAGAAUAUCAAGUUGAUCUCCAUUUUAGUUCAACAAGGUAAACUUCAGGAAGGUGAACUGGAAUCUGUGCUCAAAUACCUUUUCCCCAAAAAAUCUUCUAACGAAAUCGACGAGCUUCUCUCUAAGAUAUACGGUUCAAAUCAUACUAAAGAAAGUAAACAGACUUUCACAGACCCUCGGAGACCAAGUACAUUAGAGGCUAGGAUCAGAAGGAGAAGUUCUGUCCAUAUGACCACGCCUCCGACAGGAAGUGAGACACCUCCGUCUGAUCCAAAUCACAACCAAUAAGAAGACGUCUUAAGUCAACGGCCGUGACAUGACAG